AUGGCUUUAGUAUUUAGAGCUGUGGCACAAUUAGCGGGAAUUUCACUAUUUUUGCUGGGAUGGGUUUUAUCCUGUCUUACAAACUACCUGCCAUGGAAAAAUCUCAACCUGGACUUAAAUGAAAUGGAAAACUUGACCAUGGGACUCUGACAGACCUGCGUCACCCAAGAGGAAGUGGGGAUGCAUUCUAUCCUGGCUUUGCCCGCUGAGCUCAGGAUCUCCAGGAUUUUAAUGUUCCUCUCAAACGGCCUGGGAUUCCUGGGCCUGCUGGUCUCGGGGUUUGGCCUGGACUGCUUGAGAAUUGGAGAGAGACAGCAGGAUGUCAAGAAGCAGCUGUUAAUCCUGGGAGGAAUUCUGUUCUGGACAGCAGGUGUCACAGCCCUUGUUCCUGUCUCUUGGGUCGCCCACAGGACAGUCCAGGAGUUCUGGGAUGAGACCAUCCCCGAGAUUGUGCCCAGGUGGGAGUUUGGGGAGGCCCUCUUUAUCGGCUGGUUUGCUGGAUUUUCUCUCCUGCUCGGAGGGUGUCUGCUAAACUGGGCCGCCUGCGGGACCCAGAUUCCCCUGGCUUCCGGCCACUAUGCAGUGGCAGAAACGCCGCCACACCGUCUACACCUGGAGAUGAAAACCACUCACCUGAAACUAAGCCAGAAGGGAUCAGCGGUGCCCUCAGAUGAUUUGGUAGGAUUUCCUGUUACACAGUAA